UCGCGACAAUGACUUUUUUCAACAAAUCAUAAAGAUAUUGGUACAUUAUAUUUUAUCUUUGGAGCCUGAGCUGGUAUAGUGGGAACUUCUUUAAGAAUUCUUAUUCGAGCCGAAUUAGGUCAUCCAGGAGCUUUAAUUGGAGAUGACCAAAUUUAUAACGUAAUUGUUACUGCCCAUGCUUUUGUAAUAAUUUUCUUUAUAGUAAUGCCAAUUAUAAUUGGUGGAUUUGGUAAUUGACUUGUUCCCCUAAUAUUAGGAGCCCCUGAUAUAGCUUUCCCACGAAUAAAUAACAUAAGUUUCUGGUUACUUCCCCCCUCUCUCACUCUUUUAUUAGCCUCUUCUAUAGUAGAUGCCGGAGCAGGAACCGGUUGAACUGUCUACCCCCCCUUAGCCGCUGGUAUUGCUCAUAGUGGAGCUUCAGUUGACCUAGCUAUUUUUUCCCUUCACUUAGCCGGGAUUUCUUCAAUUUUAGGGGCUGUAAAUUUUAUUACAACAGUAAUCAAUAUGCGAUCGACAGGAAUUACAUUUGAUCGAAUACCUCUAUUUGUUUGAUCAGUAGUAAUUACAGCAGUACUUCUCCUUCUGUCACUUCCUGUUCUUGCUGGAGCUAUUACCAUAUUAUUAACAGAUCGAAAUUUAAAUACUUCUUUCUUCGACCCAGCCGGAGGAGGAGAUCCCAUUCUUUAUCAACAUUUAUUUUGAUUCUUCGGACACCCAGAAGUUUAUAUCUUAAUUUUGCCAGGAUUUGGUAUAAUUUCCCAUAUUAUUAGUCAAGAAUGUGGUAAAAAGGAAACAUUUGGAUCCCUAGGAAUAAUUUAUGCUAUAUUAGCCAUUGGUCUAUUAGGAUUCAUUGUAUGAGCUCACCAUAUAUUUACAGUAGGAAUAGAUGUUGACACCCGGGCUUAUUUCACUUCAGCUACAAUAAUUAUUGCCGUUCCUACAGGAAUUAAAAUUUUCAGUUGAUUAGCUACCCUUCAUGGAACACAAAUAUCCUAUUCACCCGCAAUUAUUUGAGCACUAGGAUUUGUAUUCUUAUUUACAGUAGGGGGAUUAACAGGAGUUGUUCUUGCUAAUUCAUCAAUUGAUAUUAUUCUCCAUGACACAUAUUAUGUCGUAGCCCAUUUCCACUAUGUACUUUCUAUAGGAGCAGUAUUUGCUAUCAUAGGAGGAUUUGUGCAUUGAUAUCCAUUAUUUACAGGAUUAACUUUAAAUCCUAAAUGAUUAAAAAGUCAAUUUCUUAUUAUAUUUGUAGGAGUAAAUUUAACUUUCUUCCCUCAGCAUUUCCUAGGACUAGCAGGUAUACCACGUCGGUACUCUGACUAUCCAGACGCUUACACAGCCUGAAAUAUUGUGUCUACAAUUGGAUCUACAAUUUCACUUCUAGCUAUUCUAUUUUUCCUUUACAUUAUUUGAGAAAGUAUAAUUACUCAACGAACUGUAAUUUACCCUGUUCAACUCUCUUCUUCAAUUGAGUGAUACCAAAAUACCCCACCCGCUGAACACAGUUAUUCAGAACUACCGCUAUUAACUAAUUAA